UUUGACAACUCACAACGUUGAUCAAUCAAUCAUUCGGUGAGUUGCAAUCCAGAACCAAGAUGUCCUUAGCCGACGAAUUACUAGCCGAUUUGGAGGAGGAAUCCUACCCGGAGGAGGAUUCCGAGACCGGACCCGUGCUUCCGGGCGAUGAAGACAGCAUGGAGCAAGGAUCGAGCGGCGCACUCACCGCGGCUCAAUCCCGUGGUUUUGAUGCGAGCAUGUCCGAAGAUGUGGGGACCAAGUUAACGCUCAAGUCGAUCGCGCGAUUGGUGAGUUCGCAUGAUUACGUGGAUAUCAUGAGUCACAUCAAGGCCUCACAAGACCGAGAAUUGACCGCUCAUUUGUUCGCCGGACCCGUGGAAGCUAAUCCCGAAUAUCAGUUCAUCGUGCGAGCCAAUGACAUUGCGGCCAAAAUCGAUGACGAAAUCGGCGAAAUCUACAAAUUUGCGAAGGAUAUCUACUCGAAGCGAUUUCCGGAGCUAGAGACAUUGGUGGGACCGCCUUUGGAUUACUUAGUGACAGCCAAAGAGCUCCAGAACAACAUCCUCAAGGCCAAGAACGUGAAAUACUUGGAGCAAAUCCUCAACCCGGCCACAAUUAUGGUUGUGUCAGUCACAGCCUCCACCACUCAAGGAAAAGACUUGGAGGAAUCGGAACUGAAAGAAUUGGAUGCGGCUUGCGAUAUGGCCCUACAGUUGAGCGAGGCCAAGGCUAGCAUCUUGGCCUUUGUCGAGAGUUGUAUGACGUUUAUUGCACCUAACUUAUCAGUGAUUGUGGGCGCCUCCAUCGCAGCCAAACUAAUGGGUGCGGCCGGUGGAUUGACACCCCUUUCCAAAAUGCCCUCAGGUUACAUCGCUUUGUUAGGCCAACAGAAAAAGAGUCUCAAUGGAUUCUCGCAACGAACCACCCUUCCACACACUGGAUUCAUUUUCUCCUCACAAUUGGUCCAAAAUGUCCCACCGGAUGUGCGCCGGAAAGUGGCCCGUGUGGUGGCUGAUAAAUGUACUUUGGCUGCCAGGGUAGAUGCUUGCCACGAAUCCGCCGAGGGGAAGAUCGGUCAUAAUUUCUUGCUGGAGAUUGAGCGUAAAAUUGACAAGUUUCUCGAGCCGCCUCCCGUGAAAGCCAUCAAGGCCUUGCCCACUCCCAUUGAAGCGCCUAAGAAGAAGCGAGGCGGACGGCGGGUUCGCAAUCAGAAAGAACGAUAUGCGGUCACCGAGUUAAGAAAGCAAGCUAAUCGGAUGAACUUUGGAGAGCUCGAAGAGGAUGUCUAUCAAGAUGAUUUGGGCUACUCGCGAGGCAAUAUUGGCAAAGGCAGUGUGGGGGCUGGGCUCCGGAUGGCUCAGAUUGAUGAGCGGACCAAGGUUAGGAUCUCUCAAACGCUUAAACGGAACCUCCAGAAGCAACAAGCUACUUGGGGCGGAACCACGUCGAUCAAGAAGCAAAUCUCGGGCACGGCAUCCAGCGUGGCAUUUACGCCCUUGCAAGGACUCGAGAUCGUGAAUCCUAGUGCGGCUGAGAACAAAGAUGAUUCGAAUCAAAAGUAUUUUUCCACUUCUGCCGCAUUUGUCAAAGUUCAAACCCCUGCCCCCAAAACCACUUGAAUACCGUUCGAAUGAUGUUCUCUUUUAUUAUUAUCAUUUCUAACGAGUUUUACAAUUUUCAAAAUAACAUUGGGCCAACUCCAUUGA